GUCGACGCCUCAAGUCUAAUGGCAUUCCUCAAAUAACGAGUUUAUGCAACUAAUGGGACUCUCCUGGGCCCAGCUUGGUAUCGCGCAACGGGAUACUCACAACAAUUUUCCAACCACCAAGAGUGUUAUAAUUAUUCGGUAGCCCGUCAUUGACAUGCAGAAAGAAACCCUUCGAUAUAGCAUUGCGAAUGAUAAGGCGUUGUCGAUGAAGAGUGAGAAGGAAAAGACUGUUGCAGGCCGGAAAAGCGCUGCCUGAAAAUCUCCGGUGGAACCAAGAAACAACGGGGCAGUGGUCAUUUGUCGCCCAAGGAGCCAAAAACGACCUCAACUGGUCCUUGCAGCUGCAUUUCAAGAAGAGGGUUUAAGUCUGUCGCAAUGGAUGAGUCAGAAUUGGAUCGUGAUAUUGUGAUCCAGCGGUACUCCGCUGAUCUCAUUGCCGACUUUGACAGCUCCCUAGGACCUUUCUUGCGAAAGCCGAAUGGUCAAUUGCGUACGCGAGUGAGGGAAAAGGAGACCCUCAGACUCGUGACUCAGGUUUUGGAGCCAUUUCAGGAGCUCCCUCAGUUACUGGAUCCGCAUCUCCCCAAAUACCUCCCUAUUCUAGCGGAAGCAUAUCUAGAGCAAAUUCGAAACCGCCACAGGACGAAGUCUCUAUCCCUUCGAUCUCAAUUACUAACUCCGCUAUCCAAUGCAAUAUCCCGAAUCAUCUACACCUUCUGCAAGAUCAGAGGUGAAAAGGUGGUCGUGAGGUUCUUGAGCGUUGAAACUAAGUACCUCGAACCCCUCUUGUAUGCCAUAGAAGAUGCGGAUCGCCGAACCAGUGCAUCGCGUGACGGAAGUACAACAGAACUAUGGACAUGGCAUGAGAGAUACGUUAUCCUGUUAUGGCUGUCUCAACUCUUCUUCGCACCUUUUGAUCUUUCAACGAUAUCUUCGGGAGAUAUUGAUGAAGCCGAACCACCUGAUAUACCUGGAUUUCAAUGGCCAUCCCGAGUCCCGGGGAUCACAUUACGUGUCAUACCACUUGCAAUCAAAUAUCUUGCUUCGCCAGGUAAAGAACGAGAUGGCGCCAAAGCUCUACUCGUCCGAUUGGCUAUGCGACGUGACAUGCAAGAAAUUGGUAUCUUGCAGGCACUAGUACACUGGGCCCUUUCCACUCUGCACAUCACGAAAGAUAAUAUCGCCGAGACACCAUAUCACUAUAUCGGAAGCCUCGCUCUACUUGCUGGUAUCCUAAGGUCUUCAGCCGACACAUCUAUAAUGAACCCACACCUGGCUUCCAUAUUCUACGCUGUUCAGAAGGUGUCAUCGGAGGAAAAUGAACUCUUCGAGAUCAUCAAGGGUUCAGCUCUUGCGCGUAAGAUGAUGAUCAAGGUAGUGAGGUCGGUGAUUAUUUUAGUUCUCCGCAAGACAGAGCCAUCAAGGGAAGACACCGAGAUGGUAGAGACAUCCAUCGGCUAUUUACUCGAAAGCUUGGCGGAUAAUGAUACUCCUGUCAGAUUUGCAGCCAGCAAAGCUCUCAGCAUGAUUACAUUGAAGCUCGAGUCUGAUAUGGCGCUACAAGUAGUUGAGGCAGUCUUGGAGUCUUUGAACCGGAACGUAUUAUGGGUGAAGUCUCAGCUUCCCGGGUCCACAGGACGCAUUCGCGAUCUUACAGCUGUCGACGCAUUGGAGUGGCAUGGUCUCAUGUUGACACUUUCUCAUCUGCUCUACCGACGUUCGCCGCCCCCAGAAACCCUCUCAGAUAUUAUCCAUGCUUUAAUAAUGGGUCUGUCGUUUGAGAAGCGAGGAACCGCGGGCGGUUCCUUCGGCACCAAUGUCAGGGAUGCGGCAUGUUUUGGUAUUUGGGCUGUGGCCCGGCGCUAUACCACGGAGGAGCUCUUGCAAGUUCCUACUCGAGUAGGGAAUGUUAUUCAUUCAGCAUUUCCUUCUGCAUCAGUUAUCCAAACUCUGGCUACCGAGCUCGUGAUUGCUGCUUCUCUUGACCCCGCUGGAAACAUCCGACGAGGCUCAUCGGCCGCUCUACAAGAGCUGAUUGGAAGACACCCUGAUAUCGUCAGCGAAGGCAUUGCUGUUGUCCAGACAGCCGAUUACCAUGCUGUUGCGCUGCGUUCAAGAGCAAUCCAUGACGUCGCUCUACAAGCGACUCGUCUUUCCACAAUAUAUGGGGUUGGACUUCGGGAAGCUCUUCUGAGCUGGCGAGGUAUUGGCGAUGCAGAUGCAAUGGCUCGCAGAGUUGCUGGUACUACUUUUGGGCUGCUCACAGCAGUAACAAGCAACAUUACAUCAGAUCCUCUGGAUCACUUCAAUCAGGCCACAGAGCUUUUGCUCAACAGGAUUAGGCUACUACAGACACGUCAAGUUGAAGAACGGCAUGGUCUAUUGUUAAGUCUGGCUGCAACCUUUGAUAUACUCCCCGAGCUUGUCCGAGAUGGUUUAUCGCAGAAGUCGUUGGAACGUGCUUCGAUAUCCAGACUUUUGGACGCCCUCGUGAAAGUUCUGGAAGAAUGCACCUUGACAACAUACCGCAAGCCUGAGCUGAUUGCAGAGGCUUCAGCUAGGCUAGUCACAUCAUCUUUUCCUAUAUUAUUGCUCGGUUUGAUGACUGGGCAUACUUCAAUGUCCGCGAAACUGACUCAGGAUCUUAUCCAGACAGGCAGAACCGUUACUGUUGAUAGUCAAAUGUCGACCAAACUCUUACCUAUCAAAUCAUUCCUUGAUGGAAGUACUUUACUCGAAAACACCAAUAUUCAGAGGGUCGUUGCCGUCCUUUCUGCAGCUGUUUUCGCAUGGCUAAAUAGAAGCGAUGCUGAAGUUAUCGACGCAGCCGCACCAGCUUCUACAAUAUUGCUUCUUUUCUCACCACCUGAAGAACGGCCACGUAUCAUUCAGAGAUGGAUUGAUAUUAUCAGCGAUCCGAAAACCUCUCGACAAAAACAUGGAGACGGCAUCUAUUUUGCUCUUACUCAGGCAUACCAUAUAUCAGCACUGCUUUCAGAGGAUAAGCGAACACUUCUCAAAAUCCCUGAAGCUUUCCGAGUUCGUUGGGCGUUAGACGGCGAGAUUGAGACUCACGUGGCGAUUAUUCGCAGCCUCGUUGGCAGAGACAUGCUCCGGUACCAAGUGCUAGAUUUUGUUCCCAUCAUUUCAGCAGGACUCGAUGACUAUACUACUAAUGCCCGAGGAGACAUUGGUUCACAUGUGCGCCUAGAAGCUAUUAAGGCUACUCGGACACUAUGGGAGUCCUGCUUGGAGGGGUGCACAAGCCAGAGCAAGAACGAGAUCCUCGGGCUGUUUCCCAAAGUGCUUCGCCUGGCAGCUGAGAAAUUGGAUCGAGUUCGUGUUGAAGCCCAGGCUGCAUUGACACUAUUGCUGGCAGCAAGGGAAAGCGAUAUACUAAAAGGAGUAUCAUUCUCCUCACGCGUAUAUUUCGUUCAGCUGUUCGAUCUGUGCAAUGCUAGUCACCUUCUACAAAACGUUGCAGGUAGUUGGCCGUUGAGCGAGUUUGAAUGCGUCUCCAGCCUAUUGGCUGGUCUGGCAACAUCAGCAGAUACUGGCAACGAAGAUCUUGUCAUCGCUAGCCGUGCCGCAAUCGCGGAGGUUUGCAAGGCUUCUAGCGAUAACUUGGCCAAGAUCUGCAUGUCGCUGAUCCACAACCUCAAGAUCUACCAAGGCCAAGACAGAGUCAUCGUGCCUACUUUAGAACUGAUAGCGUACCUAUUUCAUAUCGGAAGCUUUCAGCAAUGCAGGGAAGUCAGUCUACGUCAACUCUGUCUCUUGACACAGAAGGCCGGGUACAAGACAGGAAAUGUGCGCAAGCUGGAAGCGUGUGUCAAGGUGUACGGCGGCAUAGCAUCCACAACGGUAGACGAAGUUGAAGUCAAGACUGACACUGGUGUGACGUCUGACCUAGAACUGAAGAGGAAGGAGGGUAUCGCGGAGUCAAGACGCAGGUUAGGUGCCCUCUUGAGCCAUCCUUGGCCCCGAGUGAAGACCCUUGCUAUCGAUGAACUGUGGGGAUUGCUGUCAAGCUCAGUCUCACCAGAAACAUCAGACGAAUCACAUAAUCAACAUGUGCAAGCCGGAUUAUUGAGCGUCGAUUGGGGUCAGGCUGACAAAAUGGCCAUAAAGACGCUGGUGGAGAACUUGGGGUUCAAUUAGUCGAAAAGGAAAUCCUAUCCCCAAACACUCCCGUCUGCAGUGUGCGGGCUGCAUAGUAUUAAGAUUCCAAAUUAUGUAGAUCUCGGCCGCUCUGCCUCAAUGGGAUUGGAUGUCCCUCUAACUCAGACGACCAUCAAUAAUUGUUACAACUGCCCGUGUCAGAUGCAUCGGAUGAUCAUAUAGCAACAUUCAAUAUGGCACUGGCGAUCUCGAGCUACGGAAGUAUAUCGCAUUGCCGUGAGAUUGCGCUACGGCCUGGUCCCCACUAGUCUAGGUUUACCACGAAUCGGUCGCAACGUGGGGCUUCAGUGACCAAUUCAUAGAUUGUAAAGAUGCAGCUUGAAUGCGGAUUGUAGAC